AAGCGCCACGGACAGGAUUUUAGAGAGAGAGCGCGCCAACAUUUUAGAAAGAGUGCGUAAUACUUUGAACCGGAGCAAGAGAGAGAAAAAAAAAAGGAAGAACUAGAGAGAGAGAGUUGGAAAGGGCAAAGAGGCUAGGUGAAUGGGAGACGAUCAGGUGAAAUCAGAGGCUCUGCAAAUCCUUGGCCUUUUCCAGAUUCUCCCUCGCCUUGUUGUCUUUGACCUAGACUACACCCUCUGGCCUUUUUACUGCGAAUGUCGAUCACGUCAAGAAAUGCCAUCUUUGUAUCCACAUGCCAAGGGCAUACUUUAUGCACUCAAAGAUAAGGGCAUCAAAGUAGCAAUUGCUUCUCGCUCCCCUACAUCGGAUAUUGCAAAAAUAUUCCUCAACAGAUUGGAGAUUGAAUCAAUGUUUGUGGCAAAGGAAAUCUUCUCAAGUUGGACUCACAAAACUGAGCAUUUCCAGAGAAUCAAUCAGAGGACAGGAAUCCCCUAUAAUUCAAUUCUAUUUUUUGAUGAUGAGGGCCGAAACAUUAAAGCGGUAUCAGGUACGGGAGUAACAAGCAUCCUUGUGGAGAAUGGGGUUAACCUCAAUUCUUUCAAGCUCGGCAUUACCAGAUUUGCGCAAAAUUCUGCCCCAUCAACCAGUGGGAAGCAAAAGCAACUGAAAAUUUUGGACUUCAUCCAUACAAAAUAAACUUUUUAUAUAUUUUUGGACAAUCCUCCUGUAUGUUUGCACCUCACAGAGAGCGAGAUUUCAAAAUUCCUGUUAUGUUUGCACC